UUUUCAAAACCAGAAAAGAUAAUAGUUCUCAAAAAGAAGUUGAAAGGGUUGAAGCUAUCGAAAUAAAAAAAGUUGAAAAUGGAAAAAAAAAUAAUCAGAAGAUAAAUUAUUCUAGAAAAGUUGAAAUAGAGAAGAAAAAAG